UCUCUGAUCUGAGAAUAAUGUGCUGCUCUGUUUGGACAUUCAGUUGGAUUACUUUGAUUCAGGGAGCUCAGUAACGACACGGUUAUGAGCUGGGAUGUUCAAUCCUCUGAUUAAUUGAGAAGCAGUUAUCUUUUUAAUUAUAAACGUAACAGUUGUUUGCUUCUCAAUUAAUCAAUAUAGUAUAUUUGUUAUAUAUAUUAUUUAUAAUAUUUAAAAAGUCAAAAUAACUAAUAGUAUAUGUAAAAAGAUUUGUAUACGUAAUGUUCAUUUAACCUAGCGUAUAUAUAUAACUUCCACUGGGCAAAAGUUUACAGCCUCUUAAUAAAACCUAGAACAACUUUCCUCUCCUUGUAUUCCAGCAUCAUCCGCCAUGGACCUGAAAGAUGAGUUUCAAGAAUCAACGCCAAUCCCUGAUGUGCAACAAGCUUCCGAGGAUCAUGAUCAGGAAGUGCUCCAUCCAGUGCAUGACCCAGCGAAAGCCACAGAGAAGGCGGCCCAAGGAAAGGCUGCCAAAGAGGACGCGGAAGAAGUGGCAGAGGCAAACAAAAAGAGACACUUAAAUGUGGUGUUCAUUGGACAUGUUGAUGCUGGAAAGUCUACUAUCGGAGGACAAAUUCUCUUUCUUAGCGGUCAGGUAGAUGACCGACAAAUUCAAAAGUAUGAAAAGGAAGCAAAAGAAAAAAGUAGAGAAAGCUGGUAUAUGGCAUAUAUAAUGGAUACAAAUGAAGAAGAGAGGGCCAAGGGUAAAACAGUUGAAGUUGGAAGGGCUCAUUUUGAAACUGAGACCACCAGAUUUACAAUUCUUGAUGCCCCGGGCCACAAGAAUUAUAUACCAAAUAUGAUUAGUGGAGCAUCUCAAGCAGACAUUGGUGUGCUGGUGAUAUCUGCUCGUAAAGGUGAAUUUGAAACAGGAUAUGAGAGGGGUGGGCAGACACGUGAGCAUGUUCAACUUGCAAAAACAUUGGGAGUGUCAAAGCUAGUGGUUGUUGUGAACAAGAUGGAUGAUCCAACUGUUAACUGGUCGAAAGAAAGAUACGAUGAAAUAGAACAAAAAAUGGUACCGUUUCUUAAAUCCUCUAGCUACAACACAAAGAAAGAUGUUAUUUUCCUCCCUGUAUCUGGUUUAAUGGGGAUUAAUAUAGACAAGAAUAUGGAUCGAAACGUUUGUCCUUGGUUUAGCGGCCCUAGCUUUUUUGAAGUCCUUAAUGCUAUUGAAGUUUCGCCACAAAAUCCUAAUGGUCCAUUCAGGAUGCCCAUUAUUGAUAAAUUCAAAGAUAUGGGAACUGUUGUUAUGGGUAAGAUAGAAUCUGGCAGCAUCCGGGAAGGUGAUUCCUUGAUUGUUAUGCCAAAUAAGGAACACGUGAAAGUUAUAGCUAUAUAUUGUGACGAAGAUAAAGUUAAGCGUGCUGGACCGGGUGAGAAUUUGAGAGUCCGUAUAACUGGCAUUGAAGACGAGGAUAUCCUUGCAGGUUUUGUUUUAUCCAGCACGGUAAAGCAUGUAUCUGCCGUUACUGAGUUCGUUGCCCAACUACAAAUCAUUGAGCUGCUUGGCAACGAUAUUUUUACAGCUGGUUACAAGGCUAUUCUUCAUAUUCAUGCAGUUGUUGAGGAAUGUGAGAUAAUUGAAUUGAUAAGCCAAAUUGACAUGAAGACGAGGAAACCCAUGAAAAAGAAUAAAAUUGUGUAUGUGAAGAAUGGUGCUGCUGUUGUCUGCCGUAUACAGGUUAGCAAUUCAAUUUGUGUUGAAAAAUUCUCAGAUUUUCCGCAGCUUGGAAGAUUCACUCUACGAACUGAAGGAAAAACAAUUGCUGUUGGAAAAGUGACUGCGUUAUCAAGUGCUUUCUCAAGCAUUUGAUCUCAAUCUUGGAGGAAAAACGUGACUUCGAAUUAGUUAGCUGGAGAGCAAACAUAAUUUUAUAUAUAAUAAUAAUUUCUCUUCAUAUUUUCUAGGAGAUAUAAUGUAUUACUAUAUACUGUUUUCAAAGCAAAACAAAAAUUACAAUAUCUAUGCAAACCGAAUCUUCGACCAAA